CAGUAUCGAGUGAGAUGUGCAUCUGAGAGAACCUCAAAACGAACCAAAAAUAAAACACGAACUUUAAGAUAUUUGAGCUGCACAUGGUUGAAAGUGAUAUUUGGUGUAAUUUUACAUAACAAGUGGGGGUUUAGACAACGCGCCGGAGUGACAGAGUGUGCUUCGUUCACAAAAGACACAAUAUGAACCUCAUAACCACCGCUACCCUGGUGGUGGUCCUGGCGAUCACCACCGCCAGUGCCGACGAAUGGAAUUGGCUGAACGACGGAGAGUCUUUCAUGGAGGAUCUAGUGCGUGAGAAGCGCCAAGAAUCUGUCCAGAACGCUACCGAAGUGGGUGAUGAUGAAAUCCUGAACUACAUCCUCGACAGUGGACGCCAGGGACGAAGUCUGGAAGGAUUCGACGAAGUGUACAGUGAUCCUUCGGUUCAGCAAGCUCUGCAAAACUCUGACGAUGUCCAAGCCCGGAACAUCAUCAAGGAGAAGCUGUGCGCCCUCGGGUUGAUGCAGUGUGAUGGAGAGCUGAUCGACGGAAGACGACCAUACCUGAACCCAAACAACCUGAUCUACGCUCAACCCGUGGCGCUGAAACCGGUUGGACGACCGAUCGCCACCAUCCCAAUCCGAGGACCACCCCAACAGCAGGGUCCAGUCUACGUUCCAAAACCACCCCAGCAGAAACCUCACCAGGGACCCUACGGACCACCGCAACCCAUGCCGAACCCCAACCAAAAAGUCGGCUUUGCUUCUCAAUCCUUCAACAGUCAGAACUCUUACAACUCCUACUCCGGUGGACCAUCCUACAGUGGAUCCUACCCCAGCUACCCCUCCAAACCUCUUGGUCCCGUCUACGAAGGUGCUGAAAUUCCCUACGAGUUCGAGAGCCCAAACAAACCUCCCGGCGUCGUUAUCGCGGACGGUCCUCCAGUUGCCGCCAAACCAGUGGUUGAACAACACGUGCACCAUCACUACCACCACAUCGAGGGAGGAGCCGCCGAGAAGACCGUUGUCGUCCAACAACCCGUUCCACUGACAUCGGACAUCAUCACUGGCUCGUCUGUUGCGGGAGGCGCUUCUUACUCCUCUGGUAAAUACGGAUCUUCGUCUUCGCUCAACAGUGGAUCUUCCUACUCCUCCGGUCAGUACGGAACCUCAUCAUCCCUCAACGGAGGAUUCAAUCCGUCCAGCAGCAAGGACUUUGACUACCAGGAUCUCAAGGGAGGCAACAACUUCGGAGAUUACGGAAGCUAUGCUUCGCAGUCACAGUCGGCCGCCAACUUCUACAACAAGGGACCACAGACAUUCAGCAGUUCUGGCUCGGAGAACACCGUUUACGGAACGAACUCGGCCGUCGUCACCGGAAGCUACCAAACGGCACCCCAAGGUGGAUUCCACGCGUCCAACCCCAACCUGUACAAGAAAGAACUGAAUGUCAAGGGACCAGCCAACGGACUGAACAGCUACUCCACCGACUACAGCAAGUACAGCCAGCAGUACAACGGACAGUACAGCAACCAGCAGAAUCAGCAAUUUGGCCAGCAAAAUCAGCAAUUCGGACAACAGAACCAGCAAUUCGGACAACAGAACCAGCAAUUCGGCCAGCCGAACCAGCAAUUCGGUCAAUCCCAGCAACAGUUUGGCGCCAACUCGCGCUACGAGGACUGCGUGUGCGUUCCGUACGAACAGUGCCCGGCCCAGGACGUUGUAGGACGCCGUGACGAUCUGAUCCUUCCGCUGGACCCGCGUAGCUUCAAGAGUGACAUUCUGGCCGAUACCGAGAAGCUGGUGAUCACCGACGCCAACGGAACGAUGACCGUGGUGCACGUGCCCAAGAACGUAACGGCCGAGGCUCGUUCGACCAAUGUGACCGAAGAGGUCAAGAAGGUCUCCAAACGGGAAGCUGCUGCCGCUACCAAGAAGUCCGACGAUGAUGACAAGGCUAACAUUGAACCGAACAUUCCGACACCGGCACCGGGACACUCCGAAGGUAGUAGCAUCGUAAGCUUCCCCCGUAGCCGUCGGUCCACCGAUGUUUCCGUGCCGGAUCGGCUCGAACCGCUGGAAUCGCUACCCGCCUCGAAGCACGAGGAGGUACAAGAAAAGUCUGUUUCCGCUGAGAAGCGUCAAGCUUACUACGGACCACGACCCCAACAACAGCAGCAGCAGCAGCAAUGUCCUCAGCGUAGCGUUUGCUGCCGUCGUCCAGCCUACCAGCCACGUCCUCCGACCCACGCCAACCUGGGCAAGUGUGGCGUGCGUAACGCUCAAGGCAUCAACGGGCGCAUCAAGAACCCGGUCUACGUUGACGGAGACAGCGAGUUCGGCGAGUACCCGUGGCAGGUGGCGAUCCUGAAGAAGGACCCCAAGGAGUCUGUGUACGUGUGCGGUGGAACCCUGAUCGACAACCAGUACAUCGUUACGGCGGCCCAUUGCGUCAAGACCUACAACGGCUUCGAUCUGCGCGUCCGCCUGGGUGAAUGGGACGUCAACCACGACGUCGAGUUCUAUCCGUACAUCGAACGGGACGUCAUCUCGGUGCAAGUGCACCCAGAGUACUACGCUGGAACGCUGGACAACGAUCUGGCUAUCCUGAAGAUGGACAAGCCGGUCGACUUCACCAACACGCCGCACAUCUCGCCGGCCUGUCUUCCCGAUAAAUUCGCCGACUUCUCCGGCCAACGCUGCUGGACUACCGGAUGGGGUAAGGACGCCUUCGGUGACUACGGCAAGUACCAGAACAUCCUGAAGGAGGUCGAUGUGCCGAUCGUCAACCAGCACCAGUGCCAGAACCAGCUGCGUCAGACGCGUCUCGGCUACAGCUACAACCUUCAUCCGGGAUUCCUGUGCGCCGGCGGUGAAGAGGGCAAGGAUGCCUGCAAGGGUGACGGAGGUGGCCCGCUAGUCUGUGAACGCAACGGUAGCUGGCAGGUCGUUGGAAUCGUAUCCUGGGGUAUUGGCUGCGGAAAGGCCAACGUGCCCGGAGUGUACGUCAAGGUCACCCACUACCUGGACUGGAUCAACCAGGUUCGAGGUCGGUUCUAGAGAGUAGUAUUUAUUGACGGCUCAUAUUUAUUGUGUACGAACGAAUGCGAGAACUUCACCAGUGAUACUCAACGCGAUAAAUUGUUGGUUUGUAUAGUAAGACACUUCAGCACGGCGUCUAAAGUGAACAAGAACGGGCUGGAGUUAAAGUGUACGAUGCUAUUAUGUGAAAGCAUUUCUAAUUAGAAGAACCUCCUUUGAAAGAGAAGAUGUAGUCUUUACUCGAGUUCGUGUAGUGUUGUAAAUGUUAGGUUUUGUAAGCAUCGAAUAAAUUAUUAUAUUUAUAAAUAAGA